AUGUCGCAGGGGGGGCUGAGGCUGAUGCCGAGCCUGACCUCGGGGCUGGGCCAGGAUCAGUUCCCUGCUGGGAAAACUGGGAAGGAGAACUCCAUUCCCGGUAUAAAUGGGUUCCCCUCCGGGCUCAGCCUGGGGGUGCCCUCGUGCUCUUCCUUCACCCAGGGACCCUUCCAUGAGCCCCCCAUGAGCCCUCAAACACCCCCAGCCUUGAUGGGCUUCAUCCUCUGGCCCACCUUCAUCCUAAAUUCCCCCCACCCCCAUCUCAAGUUCUCUCCCUGUUUUCUCUCCCCAGUGAGCGCCAGCGACACCAAGGAGGUGAACGGGGUCCUGGGCAGGUCCGUGACCUUCCAGAGCCGCAACCCAGACAGAAUGACAGCACUCUGGUUUUUUGGGAAUGAAGCCAUAGUGACUGUGAUAUUUGACGGCCCUCCUCGACCUGCAUUUCAUAAAGAAGAAUUCAAAACCCGUUUUUCUGUCUCCAAGAGCGGCCGUGCGCUCACCAUCUCCCAGCUGAGGAUGGAGGAUGCCGGGACCUACUCUGUAACAAUCAACGGAAAAAGAUCCGCCUUCAGCCUGCAGGUGUUCAGGGAGCUGGCAGAGCCCACGGUGACCUGCGAGGCCCAGAACUGCUCGGAUGGGAGCUGCAGCUCCUCCCUGCGCUGCUCCGCACACGGAGGGAACGUCUCCUACACCUGGAGGGUGCGGGGUCGGACUUGGGACGGGAGCUCCGUGGUGCUGCUGGUGAACCAAACAUCCCAGGAUGGGCUGGAGACAGUGAUGUGCUCGGCACGGAACCCCGUCAGCAGCAGGAGCAUCAUUGUCACCAACCUCGGGGAGCUCUGCGCAGGUGCCCUCUCCAGCGGCCAGGUUGGGGUCAGGGUAGGGGUCGGGGUCAUAGCCGGGACUUUGGUCCUGGUCCUUUUGUUGAUUUUCCUCUUGAUCCUGUGGAAAUCCAAAGGCUGGACGAAAUUCCCCCUCUCCCAGCCCAGGCCUGCAGACACAGUUCCAGGAGCCACAAACGACUACACAACCGUGUACGCCGAGGUGGGACCUUCCCAGCAGAACGUCCCUGACGGAACUAAAGCCAAACCAGCAGAGGGGGCACCCCCCUCAACCGUUUAUUCCCUGGUCAAGCGUCCAGAGCAGGCGGAUGGGGGGACAGCAGAAAAUGCCACCGUGACCGGCCUGGAGCUGAUGUAGAAGGACCCAGAACUGGUUUGAAGAUCAAGAGACCAAUUUAAAGGGACUGGAACUGGUUUCAGAACAUGAAACUGGUUUAAAAACCUGGAAGUGAUAUAAAGAUUUAUUUUAAUGAAACUGGGCCUGGUUUACAAGAAACCAGAACUUGUUUAGAAUCAGAACUGAUUUAGAAGAAGAUGGAGCUGCUUUGAAAGGACCUGGAAGUGGUCUAAAAGGACCUGGAACUGGUUUAAAGGACCUGGAACUGGUUUAGAAGGAUCUGGAACUGGUUUAAAGGACCUGGAACUGGUUUAAGAGGUAUCCACUCCCUGAUCAGACAGAUGGACACCACAAGGUGGCUCCAGAACAGCUCCAACAUCCCCAAUGCCACUCCAAACCUGGAUCUCAUGGAUCUCCCCCUUUUGUCAUGUCCCUUCCCCUCCUCAUCUCUGCUGCUUCAGUUUCCCUCUCUUUGGGAUUUC